CAGUGAAAGAGAGAUAGAAACAGUGAGACAAAGAAGGAGAUAGACAAAGACAAAGACAGGCAGACAGACAGAUAGGCAGGCAGCGAGCGCUGCUGCCUAGUGAAUCCCGCUCCCGUCAUGGCCGCUGCUCACAGUCACCACAAUGCCAAUUUGCUCAGCUCGGACAUAUCCCGUCGCAAUCCGCAGGACGAGUACGAUCUCAUACAGAAAAUUGGCUCUGGCACCUAUGGCGAUGUUUAUAAGGCGAAACGCAUACAGAGCAACGAGCUGGCCGCCAUCAAAGUUAUCAAGCUGGAGCCCUCCGACGACAUACAGAUCAUCCAGCAGGAGAUCUUCAUGAUGCGCGACUGCCGGCACCCGAACAUCAUUGCCUACUACGGCUCCUAUCUGCGGCGCGACAAAUUGUGGAUCUGCAUGGAGUACUGCGGCGGUGGCAGCCUCCAGGAUAUCUAUCAGGUGACCGGGCCGCUGACAGAGCUGCAAAUCGCUUACAUGUGCCGCGAGACACUGAAGGGCCUGGAGUAUCUGCAUCAGAAGGGCAAAAUGCAUCGUGACAUCAAGGGCGCCAACAUAUUGCUAACCGAGAAUGGUGACGUGAAGCUAGCGGACUUUGGUGUCUCGGCGCAGAUAACAGCCACAAUAAACAAGCGAAAGAGUUUCAUAGGCACGCCCUACUGGAUGGCGCCCGAGGUGGCCGCCGUGGAGCGCAAGGGCGGCUACAAUCAACUCUGUGAUAUUUGGGCCUGCGGCAUUACGGCAAUCGAACUGGCUGAACUGCAGCCGCCCAUGUUCGACUUGCAUCCGAUGCGCGCCCUGUUCUUGAUGUCGAAGAGCGGCUUUAAGCCGCCGUCAUUGAGCAACAAAGAGAAGUGGAGCCCAACGUUUCACAGCUUCAUCAAGACCGCACUGACAAAGAAUCCAAAGAAGCGACCAACCGCCGAGCGGCUGCUCCAGCAUCCCUUUGUACAGAGCGAGAUGCCGCUGCGUGUGCCCAAGGAGCUGCUCCUCAAAUACCAGAGUCCCAAUACGCCAUACUACUAUCUCGACGGCGACGAGGAGACGGUGGCCGGCGUACCGCAGCGGAUUCCCAGCAAAAUGACGUCGCGUGCCAAUGGGGUUCCGGCACAGAACCACACGCUCAAAACAGGCAUGACGACAAACUCGACGUGGUAUGAGCGUUCUUCUAGUCCCGAAACGUUGCCCAGCGACAUGAGCCUCUUACAAUAUAUUGAUGAGGAACUAAAGUUAAGAGCAACUUUGCCAUUGAACGACACCAAAGAUUCGGCACUCAGUGCCGAGUAUAGCUGCAGCGCUGGAGGCGGCGGUGGCGGCGGCGGCAGCGGGGGCAUUGCAUCAACAAAUGGGGGCUGCUGCGUUGCAGGCGGAGGCGGAAUCGGUGGCAGCAGCGGCGGCGGUAGCGGCAGCGGCGGCAGCAUCAUCAGCAGCAGCGUUGGUGGUGGCCUCAGCGGUGUCAGCGGCGGCGUCAGCGGCAUCAGCAACAACUGUGGCGGCCAUCAUUACCACCACCAUCAUCAUCAUCAGCAUCAUCAUCAUCAGACCAGUGCCACUGGCAACGGCACCAGCACCACUCAGCACAACCACCACAACCACAUCCAGAACCAGAACCACAUCCACAACCACCAUCAGCACCUAAACCAGCUAUCAAACAACGCACUGUCCACCACGUCCAACAGCACCAGCAGCGUCAACUGCAACGCCAAUCAGAAUCCGAAUCCGAAUCUGAACCAGAAUUCAAAUUACAAUUCAAAUUUGAAUGCCUUGAGCAUGUCCGCCUCGCUGGCCUCCAUGCCGGGACUGAGCGCCUAUCUGGGCAUGUCCAAUUUGCGCACCACCAGCAUUGGCGACGACGACGAUGGCGACAUCAAUCUGGACGUUGACAUUGCCAUGAAUAAUGCAUCGGCUACUCCUGCUGCCGCUGCUGCGGCUGCUGCUGCUGGUGGCUAUGCCUCGGGUUUAGCAUCUGUGGCUGCAUCUGCAUCGACAUCAGCAACGGGCGCUGGUUGCUCCGCCUCCGCUGCGCAUUAUUUGCGGCACAGCAGCAACUAUCGCUCGGCGGCGGCGGCAGUUUCAUCUGCCGCUCAGGCAUUGCAUGGCCACGACCAUGGCUUGCUCUCAUCAUCAUCGCUGGCAAACAGCAGCACCACAACAGCAGCAACGUCAUCCGCAUCCUUUUAUAAUCGCUUCCUACUCCUCGAUAAUUCCAGCGGCGAUGCAGUCGGCGGCGUCGGCGGCGGCGGCAGCAGCAGCAGCGGCAAAGGCAGCAAUGGGCUGGAUAUGAGGCAUGAGACAGCUGCCACGCCUCCGGCUGGCACACACUCUGUCGGCGAUGGCUUCUCGCAUUCCAACAGCGCCUCGACCAGCUCAGCAGCGGCAGCAGCAGCAGCAGCGGCGGCGGCGUCGGCGUCGGCAGCAGCACAAGCUUCGACUGCAUCCACUGCUGCUGCUGCUGCAGCUGCGCCUGGCCUCACCUCCGACAGGGUAGCGCAUCUCUAUGAGAAUCUGUUGCGCAGCAGCAGCUCGGACGUGCUAGACCUGGCCCAAGGGGACGCGGCCAGCGGCGAGAACAGCAACAACUGUGAUUACCGAAGCGAGAGCAACCAGAAUGGCAUUGAGGACUCACCAAGACGUCACAGCUCCAUGGAUCAGCUAAUCGGUCUGCUCAACGAUCUGGGCAAAACGUCGCGCACGCGCAGCCUCAGCGAUGGCGGCACACAGGACGAUGAUGAAGUUGAAAAGGAAGCGCAACCGGAUCUGUUGAACAAUACGCCACCUGUGCCGCCCAAGCGCUCGCAUCGACGUCGCCACACGCCGCCGCGGCCCAUUUCGAACGGGCUGCCACCGACGCCCAAGGUGCACAUGGGCGCCUGCUUUUCCAAAAUCUUCAACGGUUGUCCGCUGCGCGUGCACUGCACCGCCUCCUGGAUACACCCGGAGACACGGGAUCAGCAUCUGCUGAUCGGGGCCGAGGAGGGCAUCUAUAACCUCAAUAUGAACGAGCUGCACGAUGCGGCCAUCGAUCAGCUGUUUCCGCGCCGCACCACCUGGCUGUAUGUGAUCAAGGAUGUGCUGAUGAGCCUGUCCGGCAAAUCGUGCCAGCUCUACCGGCACGAUCUGGUCGCCCUGCACUCCAAGCAGACGGUGCGCUUCUCGCUGCACAUGAACAAGAUACCCGAGCGGCUGGUGCCGCGUAAAUUUGCGCUAACCACCAAAGUGCCGGACACGAAGGGCUGCACCCAGUGCUGCGUGACACGUAAUCCCUACAACGGCUACAAAUAUCUGUGCGGCGCCACGCCGAGCGGCAUCUUUCUGAUGCAGUGGUACGAUCCGCUCAACAAAUUCAUGCUGCUCAAGCAGUGCGAGUGGCCGGCCACCAGCAUACUGGGCCAGGGCUGCGUCCAGAACGGACAGACGCCCAUCUUCGAGAUGAUCAUCACGCCGGAGCUGGAGUAUCCGAUUGUGUGCACGGGCGUGCGCAAGGCGCUCAACGGCUGCCUCAAGCUGGAUCUGAUCAACAUGAACAGCGCCAGCUGGUUCCAUUCGGAGGACUUGGAGUAUGAUGCGAUGGCCACGAUGGUGCCACGGCGCGAUCUGCUGAAGGUGGUGCGUGUGCAUCAAGUGGAGAAGGACGCCAUUCUCGUCUGCUAUGGCAAUGUGAUGCAGGUGGUCACGCUCCAGGGCAAUCCCAAGCAGCACAAGAAGAUGGUUGCUCAACUCAACUUUGACUUUAACGUGGACAGUAUUGUUUGUCUACCGGACAGUGUAUUAGCAUUCCACAAGCACGGCAUGCAGGGCAAGUCUCUGCGCAACGGCGAAGUGACGCAGGAGAUUAAGGACAUGAGUCGCACCUAUCGGCUGCUGGGCAGCGAUAAGGUCGUCGCAUUGGAGAGUCAACUUGUGCGCACCGGCUCGCUGGGCAGCGAGGAGGGGCACGAUCUGUACAUCUUGGCCGGACACGAGGCCAGUUACUAGGCGGGCGCUACUUGAUCUAGAUAUUAUAAAUAUAUAUACACAACUAUAUAUAAAUAUAUGUACAUAUAUAUAUAUACUAUAUAUAUAUGUAUGUAUGUAUAUGUAUAUCCGGAUACACACACGCACUCAGUAAAUUUGAAAUUUGAAUUCAAGCGCGCAGCCGUCGUCACAGUCGGCGUCAACUACUAAAUGUAAUUGAAUUACUCGUAGGCCGUAAGCUACAUUUAAUUCGAUUCGAGCAUUACAUUAGAGAAUUACAAAAAAAAAAGUAAAGGAAAUGAGAAGAAAAAUUUAAAAACAAACAAACUUAGAGCGCAUUUGAUUCUAAAAAGAGAUUCUUAGUCUCCCCCUUUUCCAUUCUUUGCCAAAUCCACUUUAGCAAUGUAAUUAAAUGUAUUUAACAAGUUAAGCUGCACAGUCGUCGACCCGAUUCCGUUGUAAUUAUUAUAUUUUUGUAAUACAAAUAGAAGAAGAAGAGACACACACACAUACACAGAAAUGCUUUAAAUUAUAUGCCUAACGUUUUUUAAUUAUGCAUAAAUAAUUAAUGUUAAAUAAGACACAUAUAGAGAAAAGGAAGCAGUAAAUAAGGAAAGAGAACGAGAUUUGUGUAAGGCUCACAAAGCAAAUAAAUUAGUCCGAGAAAAAGAUUGAAAAUGGAGCUGAAGAGCGAAAGUCAAAGCAGAGGCGAAACGCAUAAAUUAUAUUCGUAAUUAAACAUUAUUAGUAACUAAAUAAAAUUUCAUAGGUUUUAGCAAUUGUAAAUCGCAAUGUUUUUGUAGUUUGGUAACUGAUGAAUGGAACGGAACUGCAUUGAAACAAAAAAA